AUGAGCGCAGAAUGUAUGACAGGCAGAAGUAGUGUUAACGCUCUGACUGUAGCUUUCGUGCUGCGUUCGGACUGUACAUGUGAUGGGGGCGCGAUCAGGCUGGUGUUACGAGUUGCAAGGUGGUUGGGCAUCGCUUCGGCUUGUACAAGAGAGCUACUUGUAACUGCACAUACCACCCCGACCACGCCGCCCCCGGCUACACUAUCUGCAGUUCUGACUAUAAAGGAGGACAAGCCCUUUGGUACCAGCCGAACUAGCUACAUGACACCCCAUUCGAUUGAACUUGUGGUUGAUGAUGGCUACCUCGGCUUUUAG